CUGGGCUCCUAUUUCAAGGGGAGAUAACUCUCGGUGGAAAGUUCAAGAAUCGUGAAAUUUGUCGCCCUCACAACAUCCUUUUCUCAGACACACAUUUUACAUCAAUUGGUGCCAUAAAAGGCAUAUUUCCUUCUUAUUAAAUGUAUCUUUCUUCUCCCAACUGAUAAUAACACCAUGGACUUCAAUGAAUUGAUGAAUUUAGCCGCCAGUAAUGGCCAGGCUGCUGAUAAAAAGAAAAACAGCUAUUCUUACAACAUCUCUGCUCCAAAAAAAGAACAAAAACAGAAACCAAAAUCUGAAGUUGUACAAAGGCUGAUAAAUGAAAAAGAAAGAGAAAAGGCCAAAGUUCGUGAAAGACUAGAAGAGAAAUUAAAAGAGGAGGCUAAGAAGAAAAUUUUUAAAAUCCCUAAAGCUGGUUCGUCAGAUUCAAGUGUUAAGAAAAAAUCAGAUCAUGAAAAAAGACACAGGAGUCACAAAUCAUCCUCAGGUGAAAGAACUAGCAAAAGCAAGGAAGAAAAAAAAGUUGAACCCCCUAAAGAGAAAUUGGAGGAAAAAAUCUUUAAAGAUCUUCGAGAAAAAAAUGAGCUGUAUACGAAGAAUGACAGAGCUAGAAUAAAUUUUGACGGAUCAUUUGCUGUCGUAAGAAUUGCACAUAAACCUAGAGAUGGAGUCCCGCUUCCACGACGUCCAGUUCCGGCCCCCGUUAAAGAAACUCCAACUUUUAAUUUAGCGUUGGUUAAAAAAUCUGAUAAAAGCAGUGAUGGAAACCAUCUAAAAAUGAACACUCAUGAAGCAGGUGGUCCUAAAGAUGUAUCUGAAACUGUUAAAGGUUUAAAAGAAAAAUAUGGAGUGAGUCCAGAAGGGCUUCCCAAAAAAAAAUCUUCCACGCGUAGAGACAAUAAAUUAAAAGAAAUAGCAAAAUAUAAAGAAAAAAUAGAAAUGAGGGAAAAAUUAAAAUUACAAGCUCAGAAAGAUAAAAUGAAACGAAAAGAAAAACCUAAAAUUAUAAAGAGGGCAGCAGGGGCUAAUGUUCCGCCACCCAUGAACUUUGCAGAACUCUUAAAAAUGGCAGAAAAGAAGCAAAAAGAGCCAGUGAAAGUUGAUGUCAUCAAACCAAAACCCAAAAAACAAGAUGAACCUCGACCAAUGACACAAGAGGAGAAAGAUUGGGUGGAGAAGAAAAGAGAAUACACAGAACGAAAAAAAGCUAAAGAGAAUCCUGACCGACCAAGUAAAGAUAGUGCUCCAUCUCGGAAGGAAAAUAACUCUCAGAAUAUUGAUAGAGUACGCAAAUUUGAGCAGGAUCAAGGUCGUUCUAGUCCGUCUGUUAAUUCCAGCAAAAACAGAAUAAACAAUAACAACCAUUCAUCAGGAGUUGAUCGUGAUAGAAAAUCAAACAGUUGCCAUAGUGAUAAAAAACAUGUGAUAUCAAAUAAAAAUAAUAAUUCUCUGGAUCGUAAACCAGCACCAUCUCCACAUGACCGAAAACCCACAAUAUCAAAUAACACAUCUUCCUCAAACUCAAGUAAACAAUCGUCAGCGUAUAACACACAAUCUGUGAACUCAAGUAAACAAUCGUCGGCGUAUAACACACAAUCUGUGAACUCAAGUAAAUCAUUUAAAAAUAGUCCGAGACCGGACACCAGGCCAGCAUCAAAUUCUAAUUCCAGGGAUCAACAACGAUACGAACAAUAUCGUGGCAUGCAGGAUAAAAAUCGUACAAAUAGUGUGUCGAAUCACGACAGGACUAAACGUGUAAACCCUGCAGUAAACAACAAAAAUAGAACUCCUCAAUUAGGUAAACGAAAAUAUGAACAAACAAAUGAAAAUGUGCUAGAAUGUGGCCCAUCAGAAAUUAAAAAGAAAGCCCCACGCCCCCCAUCACCCGAACAAGCCUUAAAUCCUUGGGACAGAAUUUAUGGCAACAUUAAGAAGAAUCAUCCUAAACGUCCACCCAUGAAGAAGAAGAUGGUGAUUGAUUCUGAAGAUGAGUAUGACAGUGAAUUAGACGAUUUUAUAGAUGAUGGAGAUGACGGUGCCGCAGAUUAUUCCAGCGCUAUCCGACAAAUUUUUGGUUACGAUAAACGAAGAUUUCGAGAUGAAGAAGAUGAUGUUGAUAAUAUGGAAAGUAGCUUUAGUGCCUGUAUGAAGGAAGAAGCCAAAAGUGCUAGAUUGGGUCUAUUGGAAGAUUUAGAAGAUAUGAAAAAAGAACAAGAAGAAUUAAAACGUAAAGCCAUGAGAAAGAAAAUGAAAUAAUGAGAAUUGUUUAUUCUAAUCUCAUUUUGUGUAUAAUAUAUCAAAGUCUGAUGAUAUCCUGUCCCCAAGUUCACAAAGAUUUCUCAGACUUAAGUUAAGAAUUUACUCAAUUGUUUGCCUUAUUUUAACUAAACUAUAGCCCUUUAUAAAACUUCUGUUGUUUGAUUGUAUCAUAUGCAUCAAUAAGAAACUAUGUGCAAAGUUUUGUGCUUCUGGGUUAAAGAUAUAUCUCAUAAACUGUGAUUGAAAGUUGAGUAAAUUCUUAACUUAAAUCAGAAUGUUUGUUGAACUUGGGGCAUGAUAUUAUGUUAAACCUCUGAUACCUGGACUGCCUUACCUGAAUCUAUCCUACACCCUGGAUAAAGAAAUAACUUGAAAGGUGCUCUAGCUACAUCAUGCAUCAUCUGAUACUAUCAGGGUAUUACGACAAACCUCUGAUACCUGGACUGCCUUACCUGAAUCUAUCCUACAUCCUGGGUUGUAAAGGUAAAGGUACCAGAUCUUUAGCAUUGCCGGCUUCAUACUGAAUUAUAGGAUUAAUAGAAUUAUUCUUUAACGAGGUAGGACAGUGUAAGGAUUCCAUAUGUUUUAAGGCUUUAUUUUAACAUAUUAUAUGACUUUAAAAAAAUUCAAUUAUAAUUUAUAGCCUUAACAUGAUGUUUUAUUAUUAGUUCAUGUUAAGCAGUCCUGAAAGUCCUGAAUUUUAAUUAACACUAAUUAACCCUACUCUAAUGUGGUCAUCUAUCUUCACAUUUCUUGGGGUUUCGGUGUCUGAAUGGUUUAACAUGUGUGCUUUAGAUCACAAGGUCUGUCAUUGAGUCAUUUGGCUUGAUUUCGAUAUCCUGCUUGCAUGUAGUUUGUGUCAAGUGGACGUUAAACCCCAUUUUUCUCUCUCUAAAACGCCUAUACUUUAACAAUACUACAUGUAUCUACCUAAAUUAAAAAUCGAUUGGAUAUUCUACUAUUAUCAGUAAUAUAAGUAAACUGAAGUUAAAUAUUGACUUCUUUUUUUUUUAGUGUGUAAAUGAACUGAUGAACAGUUAAGAUCACUAAGAUAAGAAAUUUUGUAGAAUUUUAUAAAAAGUUUUGAAAUUAUAAUUUAUAUAUAAUAUUUAUAUAUACUAGUCAUAUUUUAUUUUAUUUAACAUUAAUUGAUUAAAAGUUAUAGAUUAUACCAUAGAACUAGAAUUAGUAUUCUCGUUCUAUGAUUAUACCAACCUAUUUAAAAUACAGAUCCAUAUUUCGUUUCGUUUUUUUUAUACUGGCAAAUUCAUCACAUUAACCAGAACACGUGUUAUAUAACAACUCUACCAGGUCCUAUUGUAGUAGGGAGGUUGGAUGGCCGAAUGGUUACCAUGCGCACGCUGUAUCAUACGGUCUGUCAUUGAGUCAACUGUCGGGGUCUCGAUUCCCUGAUUUUACGUGACAAGGAGUAGGGUCGCCUGUCCAACCUCGAGGUUUUUCUCCGGGUCCUCCUGUUUCCUCCCACUGCUAAAGACCCCUAUGCGCAAGCGAAUUAUUGAAAUAAAAUUGAACCAUGUGUUAGUCCCGAAAUGACCUAGUUUGUGUCGAGUGGACGUUAAACCUCAUUUCUCUCUCUCUCUCUCCUAUUGUAGUAAAGACAAGUAAAACGAAAUUUUGAACUAUAAAAAAAUGAAACGAAAUAGGAUCUGUGUUUUAACCAGAUUGAGAUUAUACAUGAUUAUUUAAUUAGCCUAUAAUUGAUUGAUUAAACACAUUGUAUUAAUUAGUUUCCAGUCCUUUAAUGAAAUUGAUGUACAUUGAUAAUUAAUUAUUUAUUUAUUCAGGCAUGUAUUUAUAAUGGAUUCUGUUGUUAAUUUGAUCUCAUCAAGUAUUAUUUAUAGGGCUGGCGGAAAAUAUCGAUAUUGCCGAUAAUCGUCGGUAAGCGUUUUGAAAAUCGAUUAUCGAUACAGUUCUUGGGCCUGGAACUGUAAUUAAACAGAAUAGUCAUAAUAAAACAUACACGUUUUGUUUUUCACGCGAGAUUCCACGUAACUUUCAAUUUUGUACCUUAUUUUAACUCUUCAUUUCUUUCGUCUUGUCUGCUUCUAAGUCAAACACGUACUUUCCCUUUAUUAUUUUAUCAACCAGAACACGUUGGCGAAAGAAUGUCUGAAGAAGAAAUAACUACAUUUUACUCAUUAUUGUUCAGGUCAUAAGCAACAAAGAUAUGGCGAGCGGUGGCGGUUCUGUCUUCCAAACCAAGUUGAUGAGUUUCUUUCUUCACCUUGGUUUUGCUACGGAAUGCUAUUAUUUUAUUGUCAAAUGUCAAAUAAAUGAAAAAAAUUUCUACAUGUAUACAGAAUGAUAUCACAACAUAAAACUUCGCAUAUAAUUCAUUAUUCAUGUACAAAUUAUGAUUGUUUUCAAACUAAUUGUAAGUCAAAAUAAUUUGCUGAUAUUAUCGAUUAUUGAUCGGCGGAUGGUCGGCGUUAAUCAAUACUUGAAACAGGAUCGAUUGCCAGCCCUAAUUAUUUAUAAUGUAACUCAGCACAAUAUCAACCAUCUUGUCGUCAUGUAAACUUAAUGUGUUAGAACAAGCAGGUAAAACUAUAUUAAAGAAACAAAAACUGGCAGACACUGGACUGUUGAAUCCUUGAAGCUGGCAGACACUGGACUGUUGAAUCCUUGAAGCUGGCAGGCACUGUGUAUGUUAUGUCCUUGAAACUGACGGGCACUGGGCGUUACAUCCUUGAAGCUGGCAGGCACUGUGGAUAUUACGUCCUUGAAGCUGACAGGCACUGUGUAUGUUAUGUCCUUGAAACUGACGGGCAAUGGGUGUUACUUCCUUGAACCUGGCAGGCACUGUGGAUGUUACGUCCUUGAAGCUGACAGGCACUGUGUAUGUUAUGUCCUUGAAACUGACGGCACUGGGCGUUACUUCCUUGAAGCUGGCAGGCACUGUGGAUGUUACGUCCUAUUUGUUCACUGACUUUAUUAUCAGCAAUUUAGAACUAUUUAUUUUUAUAUAAAUUAAUAACUGUGUGUGUUUGUAAAUAUUGCAUUUUAAAAAUAAUCGAGUGUUUUUGCUUUAAUUUUGCUUAAAGAUACAUUAUGGGAGAUUAGAUAAAGAGCUGGCUGUUCUCACUAUAAUAGUUAAAAACUAGAUAAUGUAAAGGGCAUUUGCUGAAAAUUUCAGACAAUUUGAUCCACUCUGAACCAAGAUUUUAGCGAUUGAAUAUUGGGGCUAGUCUCGUUCAUCAUUACGAAAGUCGUUAGGAUAAAAAAAACAUAGUCUCGAUUAUCCAUUUUUUUAUUUAAUUAUGAAUGGAAGUUGAACAGCAAAUCGGAACCUAACCCAAUAAACAUCGCAGGCUAGCGAUCUGGAUAAGUUAAUUAAUGUAUAAUUAAUAAUUUAGAUAACAUUUCAAGCCUAAAGAAAGACCUGCAAUAGGCAGAUUUAGCUCUUGCAUAAUGUAUGUUUAAUUAGAAGAUAAUACUGAAAUUGCCUUGUAUAUCAUGAUUCAUAUUUCUGAUGAAUGAAAAUUAAAAAGAUGUUGAUUUAUAAUAUAAAUAUACUAGUGAUUUUACUGAUUUUAAUUCUCUAGUUAGAUUCAUUUUAGAACAGAAUUCUUCAUUUGAAAGCAGUGUGACAUUAACUCAAUUUAUGUAUGCUGAAUAUUUUAAAACAUGACUGUAUUAUAAUUGUUCCCUGCCUUUCGAAGAAAGCAGGGCCCUAUUAAAAUGGGUUCGUCCGUCUGCCUGUUCAUUAGGUGAAUGCAUUAAUGGAGUUUGAUGAUGAACAUUGUCUGCUUACGGUAAGCAGAGAUAAGCAAUUUGAUUGGUUAAAGCUUUGGGGCCCGAUAACUCUGGUUCUAAUUAAGUGAGAUCAAUGAAACUCUGAAUAUAGAUUCAUUUUAUCAUUACCUUGACUAAGUUCGUGAUGAGAAUCUUUUGCCUAGGCUAAGGAGCUAUAAGCAAUUUGAUUGGUCAAGACUUUGGAACAUAACAACUCUGCUUUUAAUUGAGAUAGAAUGUUUAAACUUAAUUUUGGUGUUCAUUAGGUGAAUGUCUUCACUGAGUUCAAUGAUUGACAUUUCCCACUAAAGCUAAGUAGAGCUAAUCAAUUUCUUUGGUUUUGAUUCUAUCUGAUAGAGAGUGAUGAAACUUAGUGUAUAGUUGAUAAUCAGUUUGAUUGCAUGACGAUUUUGAAAAAGAUCAAUGUGCCAUUAAUUAAUCUGUGUCAUCAUCUAUAUAUUUGGGGAUUUCGGCGGGGGAACAUCAGCCUCACUGUUGGCUUGUUCUAUUUGAGCAACUCAAGUUUGAAAUCUCUGUAUUCAUUAUAACAAACAUCAAUAUAUUAACCCCUCGAUCUAAGUUGUUGAUAGACAACUGGAAUAAAAAAGAUUAUUUAUUAAACCAAUCUGCAUAUUAAUAACCCACCAAUCUAAGUUUUCGGUAGAGGACUGAAAUGAAAAUGAAUUAUUUAUUCAAAAAAUAUGCAUAUUUACCCAUCAAGUAUUCAAAUCCACUAAAUAUCGCAGGCUAACUUUUGCAUUGAGAGUUGAUUAUGGUUUGGAUAAUGGCUAAUCAAUAUUGUAUAUGUCAUUUCGGGCCUAAAGAAAGACCUACCAUACGCAUGUUUAAUCUUAUCAGAUAUGAAUAUAUAUUAUAUAUGUAGAGUCUAAGGCCACACAAUUCCCUGGUUGUACCUGACAAGGAGUAGGGUCGCCUGUGUGCAACCUCAUGGGUUUUCUCCUGGUGUUCCGAUAUCCUCCCAAAAUAACAUAAUUUGUGUCAAGUGGACUAACCCCCCCCCCUCCCCCUCUCUCUCUCUCUCUCUCUCUCUCUCUCUCAGGCCACAUUUAUUUUAUUUUCUGUUGUUCAGGGUCUUGAUGAAUAAUUAGUCACUGGUGGAUCCAUUUUAGUCUUUUUCAGUAAAUAAUAUUUAUUAUUUGAAUUAUACAAAACUCUGAUAAAAUAACUUCUAAAUUUAAACAGUUUAUUUUUUUGCGCUUAUCACAUUAUAGACAUAAGUUAACAUUCUAAUACUUACAGGGGAUCAGGUGGCUAAGUGGGUAAGACGAUGGCUCGCUAGUCUGGAGGUCGGGUGUUCGAUCCCUGCAUUGGCCGAGAAAGUUCAUCUAGAUUUUCCGGCGUGGUUCUCCCUUGUCAGUGAUGCAGGACGGAGUGCCUGACAAGGACAGCUGUCUAGUCCUUCAGAUGAUACGAAAAAACGAGGUCCCGUGUAUACAUUGGAAUGCACGUAAAAGAUCCCAUAGCAAAUGGAAAUCGAUAUAAGAGUAGGCGAUAGUGCCGCUGCCUGGGCAAAAUUUCCCUCAUAGCACACUGCAUGGCGUAUGCCCGUCUUCAUUAGCCCAGUAUAGGAGCAGAACAGUAGGAUGUUAAACCCCAUUUCAUUUUCAUUUCAUUUCUAAUACUGACAGGGAGCCACAGUGGCUCAGUGAAUAUGCUGCUGGCUCACUAAUCCGGAGAUCUGUGGUUCUGGUAUUGGUCGUACAAAUCACCCUUAGCACACCGACAAUACCUUUAAUAACUUUAACUGUUAUCUAAUUAACGUAACUAGCUUUAUUGUUUAUUUAAAGAUAAAAAUAUAGUUUUAUAUGAAUCAUAUAUUAAUUAGCAUAAUAUGGUAUUUGUUCGUAGGGCCGGUGAGAGACAUAUUGGGGUCCAGAAUUUGUUGCAAGCACACUUCUAAAUUCUAGGCAACCUACUGGUAACUUCUAGCAUGCAGGGCACCAUAUAUGACUACCCACCUGUCACUGAUAAUUCCAUGAAGAUGAAAAGUUAUUAUAUGAGACGGUGAGAGGAUAUCUGACAAUUCAAAAAUAGAAUUGACUGUCAGUAGAUAAAAGAUAACAAACAAAUUAGAAAAAGUCUGUGCAUUACCAUGUUUUUAUUAAGAGCAGAAUGAAUAAAAAUGGGGGAAUGCACAGAAUUUUUCUAUUUUUUGCAUUUUCCCAUAUCUAGUGACAGCCAAUUCUAUUUUUGAAUUGUGAGAUACCCUCUCACCGUCCCAUAUAAUAACUUUUCAACUUCAACGGAAUUAUCAGUAAAAUGAAAUUCGAUCGUUUGUCUGUUAUCACUCGUUACUUCAAUCAGUUAUAUAGAAGGAUAACUCAUGUUUGGCGUCACUUCCUGUUUCUUCCCGUGCUUGUUACUCAUCUCCCGUAGCAAUGAUCUUUGUGUUAAAAUUAUAUUUGGAAUGUAUUUAACCAGUUCUAUCACAUAUGUAAUAAUGACUGACACCAAUAUUGUCCUUUAAUAAUUGGGGGUUAAUCAAUAACUGGUGUUCGAUAUCCACACAUUUAACUUAAAUAAUAUUUAUUUAUUUUAUGUCUGUGAAAUGUUUCUAUUUGAAGUUUUAUAACAAAUUUACCCCUGGUGGUUAAAAUAUUUAUACAUGUUUCCUUAUAAAAAAAAAAGUUUUGCAUGUAUUAAAACAUUGAUGUCUGUGAAACAUUUCACUUAUAGGAUAAUACAGAUUUUACCAGUUAUUAACUGGGGUGUUGGAUGGCCGAAUGGUUAGCACGUCUGUCAUUGAGUCAACUGGCAGGGUUUGGAUUCCCCAGUUGUAUGUGACAAGGAGUAGGGUCGCCUGUCCAACCUCGUUGGUUUUCUCCGGGUCCUCCGGUUUCCUCCCACUGCUAAAGACCCCUACGCGCAAGCGAAUUAUUGAAAUAAAAUUGAAGCAUGUGUUAGUCCCGAAAUGACCUAGUUUGUGUCUAGUGGAUGUUAAACCCAUUUCUCUCUCUCUCCCACCAGUUAUUAACUAAUCACUGUAACCCAGGUAUCAUUUAAUCUUGAUUCAUUUUGAUAAUGAGUGUCCAAUUUACAAGUGUUUAAUUUCUUGAUCACAGUUAAAAAAUAAACAACCCAAUUGAUUAUGGGCGUAUAAUGAUUAAUGUUUUAACAGGGAUCAAGAAAUUAAACAUAAUCUUUAAGUGGCAUUUAGUGAUUGGGGAACACAAUAACAGAACACAAUUUUUAUCGGAACAAUCACUGGUUUUAUUCUAAAAGCACAACAUUUCGACAAGUAUCCUCUUAUCUUAUCAAGCACAAUGACAUUAGUAAACUUGAGUUUACAUUAUCGCAAGUCCAUAUUAUCCUUUGGUUGGACCGUGGGUCUAUUAUAUUGUGUUGUUUUUGCUUAAUCUUUUACUUCUUAUUGGUAUUAUUAUUUAAUUUUUGUAAAUGGCUUCAUCAUGAACUCUUAUAUAUUAAACCCAAGUUUACUAAUGUCAUUGUGUUUGAUAACGAUAAGAGGAUACCCGUCGAAACGUCGUGCUUUUAGAAUAAAAUCAGUGAUUGUUUCCCAUAAAAAUUGUGUUCUGUUAUUAAGAAAUUAAACACUUGUAAAUUGGACACUCAUUAUCAAAAUUAAUCAGUCAGCUUUAAACUGGACACAAGAACAAAUAAGAUGAUUUUUUGGUGAUUUUAAACGAUUUUUACCAACUUUUAAACAAAGGUUUGAUAUUAAAUGAAUGUGAAAGAAGUUAGUGCUAAAUACACAAGAUUAAAUGAUACCUGGGUUACAGUGAUAAUGCACCAUUUAACAGAAUUUAAAUUUCUUUUUCUACCUGCUACUCCUUCAGGUAUCAUAAAACUGUUGCUUUCUCUUGUUAAAUUAUUUAUUAAAUGUGAAUAUUGUAUUGUAUUAUAUUGUGUAAAUUUGAUGUGAUUUGUCGGAAUGGUUACUAUGACACAGAGUCAUCUUAACAGCAUUAUAGGUCCCCGUACAAAAUACUGGAGUGCCUACCUACACAACCACUCCCCAAAUAAAACAAUUCACAGGGGUCCCUACCCACACAACCACUCGUCGGACAAAACACUGAGAUCCCUAGCUACACAACCACUCCCCUGACAAAACAUUUCACUGGGGUCUCUAGGCCGACCUACACAGCCACUCGCAUGAAUAAAAAUGUAAAUUGUCUAAAGAUUAAAGUAGCUAAGUCUCUAACUCAAAAUCAUCCAAAGUCUUACACAUUGGAAACACAAAUUAUUUGUCAAUUGUGAUCUCACCGGGAAAAGGUAGGCUUCUGAUAUCCAAUAUUUAAAAUAAAAUGUACAUUUUACCAUAGUGGGUUUCAGUGUCAUUUGUAACAAGUGACCAGAAAAAACGAGGCUAGACAUAUUCCACAACUCCUGUCAAAUGGUGAUGCAGACACUAUUUCGCACAUGCUUUUCAAUGAAAUACGUCACACGAGUCCAAUAUUUCAUCUAGUGUAGAUAAUGUACGAUUGGCAAGUUGCCCGUACUCCAACAUCAAAGGAUGAAGUCACCUCUGUAUUUUAAACCUGUAUAUUAAAGUGUGUUAUGUGUGUGUGUGUGUGUGUAAUCCUUAAUAACUGUACUAUGUGUAUUGUGGCCCAGGAGGAAUGUAUUUAUUGGGUAAUAUUAUUGUUCUAUAAAUGGAAUGUAAGAAGGAUAUUUUAUUGGGAAAGGUUGUUUGCCUUAUAAUAUAUUAUAUUUUAUGCUAAAUAAACAUGUUUUGUUAUCAA